AGGACGGCGGCGGCUAGGAGGAAAGGGGGAGGACUGCGGCAGUCCCCUUCCUUGCUGUCGGGGCAGAAGCAGAAAAAGCAUCCGAGGUGCUGAGCUGUGUCAGUGAAACAUGAAAGCAGAGCAUGUGCGAAACAGCUCCAUGCUACCUUUACUGCUCGGAAAGAGGCUUCACACACUCGCGGCGCUGAGGCGGCUGGUGACUGCAGCGUCUUCUUAAUUUGCCGGGGCAUGCCUACCUCAGGAAAUUAUUUGUGUGAAUAAAAGUGGGCAAGCAGCCAGUUCAGACAUUCCUCAUCCUGGGAAGCUCUUCACUGAGCCACACAUCAUGACGUACCAUUUGCUGUGCUAUGUAAACUGGCUUGUUUUACAAUAGUUUCUGAGAGCUUGAAGAUGUCUGUCUGCAGUGACUUUGCGGAACAUAUGUGGAAGCCUGACUCUUGCAAGAACUGCUUUUAUCCUAGAAGUUCCCACAGGCUGCAGAGAAAUUUUGAAACACUUGCUAAAGCUGUCUCUCCAACAAGCACCAGUGCCCUUUGGAGUAAAACUGAAUCAGCCGAAGAAGACUAUGUAGUCAGCCCUUCUUAUUCAAAGCCUACUAUUGCAGUCAAGCCCACAAUGAUGAAUAGUGAUGUAGUGGAGAUCUGGUCUGAUAUGAACAUGAACUCUGGAGUGCAACAGGGAAAUCAGAAGAGUCCAACAGAGAAAUCUACAAAGAUGCCUACCAAGGUAUUCAUAGAUAGUAACAGCAACAACGGCCUGAGAGACAUUUCACCAAACACCACAAGUACUCUCAAUGGGUAUUCUAAAUUUUUGCCUGCUGGAGCUUUACCUUCGUUGGAACACAAAUUAAAUUCCCACGGAAACUCUGCCUUUAUCAGUAACAUUUUCAUAAGCCAGGAAGAUGGGCGGGUGCCUUUUGUGUACAGAGAAAAUGAACCUCAACUAAGCAAAAGUUACAAAGAGCAGCUUGUGAAAUCCCCAAGAAACAGCUGUUUGAACAGUGACAGGAAGACCACAGGUUCUUUUGAAGGUGGUGGUGGAAGGACUUUUUCCACAGAGACCUGUGACAGCAGAGGGGAAGGGACUUGGUGCCUAUCUAAUGUGAAUGAACAGCAUGCUCCAUUUGAGAUAGCAGUUAAUAUUGUUGUGCCAGCUGGUGGGAUCAGUGAAAAUUCUGAUUUGUCUCACACUGUUCUUGCCCAGGAGAAGGGAGCAAAUGAUACCUCAGCAGCCCUGCAGUGUGCUAAGAGCAAAGGUUUGUCUUCGCUGCCAGAAGCUGCCAGCCAGAUAGAUUCAUUCUCCCUCCAAAGUAUCAGUGAGUGCUUAGAUAACACUCAGGAAUUAGACCAUUGCAAGGUGCUUCCCAGCAAAUCUUUGGAAUGCUCAUUGGUGCAGGCACAAAGCGAACCCAUUUACGCCGAGAGUACCAAAAGGAUAAAGAAGCUGCUCAGUGAGUCUAAGACUAACUCAGGCCAGCCUCAGGUACGGAAUACUUUUCAUAAAACACCUGAACAAUCUGAAAGCAUUGAGGGUUCUUGCAGCAAUGAAAAAGAAGCUGUUGAUUUAGCCAGCUCGUGGGCUAAAAUAACUGUGAUGGCAGCCCAUACAGAAGAAGAGAACCGUACGUUUUGUCUAAGUAGCCCAGAUUCAGCUGUGAGCAUCCAAUGGCAGCACAUUAGCCCAAGCCCAGUUCAAGAAGCUGGCAGCCCACUGACCCCUUUCCAGUGGCCUCACGGCAACAGCACGCAGCAGGUCCCUGAUUUGUGGCCUGUGGCUAAGAGUGGCUCCACCAUGUUGCAUCCUAAAUCCAGUGCUCACCCUAGUCUGGCUGUGUCACCAAAAUUGAGUCCCUCUCUCUGUGAAAGUGGGAAAGAGAACACUGAAACUUUGCGCUACACUGAGCACCCCACAAGUUUCUCUUCCAUUCAAUUACAGAGCAAAUCUUCUGGAAACAUAGGCAACAGUGGCAGUUCUAUUUCUGCUUCAGAAAGGAGACACAAAUACCAACACUCUGCCUGGAACCGGGAGUAUAAAAUAGUGGAGGAGGAGGAGGCGGCAGUUGUUAAUGAAGAGACAACGCAACAGUCAAAGGCACCCAGCAUCUCCUGCAGUUCAGUGUCUGGGCAGAGAGCACAAGAGGCAAGACUGGAGAAUGCUGUCAUGUGCAGCAGUGAAUAUAAUAACCAUGGACUUGCUUACAAUGGUGCCGGUCACCACCAUGCAGGCAGAGCUCCCGAUCAGGACAGAUGUAGCAGGAACACACAGUGCACAUCAGAAAGUCGCCCUUCAAGCAACUCAGAGCACACCAGCACAUUGAAUGAACUAGCUCCACCACCUCCACCGCCAAAGAAACAUCACAGGACAUCGAACAAAAUGAGCCAAAGCAACUCUGACUUGGAGAAAGCCAGUCAUGGUUCUGUUGAAAGCCUGACACACUCUCUGAAAGGUCUGCACUGUGGCAUCCCAGCAACCUCCACUGACAGCCUUCACUCGGACUCCAGGACAUAUGCUGAUGCAGGACACCAGGAACACACACGUUCACCAAGUCCACCUCUCUUCAUAAAGGGUGCCUCCCCACUGGCAUCUCAGUAUGAUGCCUCAGUUGCAGAUUAUACUCAAUCCUUACUGCCACCACCUCUCCCUGAGAAGAAGAUGAUAAACAGAACAAUAUCAGCUCCAGACGGUGCCAGAGACCGAAGGGUUAUCCAUAAUAGAAGUAGUCCCCAUUUGAACUUGAGCAGCUCAGAAAGCAACAUGUGUACUACGGAAAAACUGCAGCUAAGCACCCCUUCCAGUCCAGUGGAUCAGCGGAACAUAUUCUCCUCAAACGAGUCCCUUGAAAGGUGCCACCCCACUGCUACUCAUCCACUGCGCUCUCAGACCAUGGAUGAAGUGACUGGAAGAAGAAAGGCUAGGCUGGGUCUGGGGGCCAAAAGCGGUGGCUCAUUCUCCUCUUCACCUCAACUGAGCACCCCAAGCAGUGGUUCCCACUUACAACUCCACACCCUCCUAAGUAAUAUAGAUAGCAGGGAAGGAGUUUACGCGAAGCUGGGCAGCUUGUAUGCAGAAUCUCUGCGACGUCUGGCUCUCAAAUGUGAAGAACGCUUUACCCGUGGCCAGAAGAAUCCCCUUCGCUUUGAUGAAAGCAGUUGGUCGCUGUUUAAGUUGACGUGUAACAAACCCUGCUGCAUUGCAGGUGACUCUGUUUAUUACUCUGCCAGCUGUGCCAAGGAUCCCAAGAAUGACUAUGCUGUCAAGAUUUGCAAGAAUCGCAAUCCAGAGUCCAAGCAAAGUCAUUUCUACGGUCUGGAGGUGCAACAGAAUCUACCUCCUCACUUUAACGUGCAGCAGGACUGUGGGCACUUCAUUGCCUGUGUCCCAUUGAGUAUGCUGCCUCCUGGUGAGGCUGCUGGAUUGAUCUGCAACUCUCAACAUGAGCAGGAGGCCCCUAGAAGCAGGGACUUGGGCACUUCAAAUCAGACGGAUAGUGAGCGUGUAGUAGUUAUAACUCGGGAGGUGCCAUAUCAGACCACCGCAGACUUUGUUAAGGAGUGGGCAACCUACCACAGGGAUCAGCCCGAGUGGUAUGAACGGUGGGUGUGCUUCCUUUUGCUGCAGCUUUGCAAUGGCCUUGAGUACUUGAAAGAGCAUGGUGUUAUCCACCGGGAUCUCUGCCUCGAGAACCUGUUGCUUGUUCAUCAUAGUAAACGUUCUUCUUCUGAGAGCAAAGCUCAGAGACAGCUGCCCAGGCUGGUAAUCAGCAACUUUGCCAAAGCCAAGCAGAGGACCGCCAGUACUACUUUGGACCCCAAGUAUAAAAAGGAUCAAGCCCGAUUGGCCCCUGAAAUAGUCUCUGCUUCCCAGUACAAGAAAUUUGAUGAGUUUCAGGCAGGUAUUUUGAUCUAUGAGCUUUUACACCAGCCAAAUCCUUUUGAGGUCAGCCCUAAACUAAAAGAGCAGGAAUAUUCCUGCAAGGACCUUCCAGAAAUUCCUGAUGCCUCCAUAUAUUCAGCAGGACUUCAGCAGCUGGCUCAUCUACUCUUAGAACCUGACCCUAUCAAACGCAUCCACAUCCAGGAGGCCAAGAGGAUCCUCCAGAGUUUGCUGUGGGGGCCCCGUAAAGAUCUUCUGGAGCAGCAGUGGGAGCAGCGGCACAACGAUCACGUCCUAGCUGAAGGACUUCACAACUGGCUGGACGUCAAGCGGGCACUCCUCAUGAUGAAGUUUGCUGAAAAGUCUCUGGAGCCCGAGCAGAGCGUCGAACUUGAAGAUUGGCUGUGCUGCCAAUACUUUGCUGUUGCUAACCCAGCGUCUCUUUGCCGCACUGCUGAACUGCUGCAUUUCUCAGAGUAGAUACUUUGUGGGCCCAACUUGCAGGGGCAUAAACAACAGGAGCUGGAAUCUUGAUGCUUGUCUCUUGGUAAAUAACUUUUUUUUUUUAUUUAGUUGUAACUUUGUUCUUAAAGUUCUUAAUACAUACAUGUGCCUACAGAUCACUGUUCUAAUACACAGGUGUGGACGUUUGGCAAGUACUGCUGCGUCCUUAAAUUAUGACUUACUUUAUUAAUGAUUUUUUCUCUUUCUGUGUUAUGCCAAAAAUAAAACUAAAAUGAUCUUUUUUCAUAACUGGGUCCUGUCCCUUUGUAUAAGGGACGAUAAUCUAACCGAUUGCAAUAUUAAGCUUGUGUACUUGUAAAUAGGCCUUGAACAGCACACAGCGAUGCGUCCCCUUUGGUUUCCCUUCUCAAGAAGUACUGCUGCUGGGAGUUCACCAGUGCAACAGUGGGGUUUAGGAUGUACAUCCCAGUAUCUUGGAACAGGGAAAAUGAAUGGCGCUGUUUAGACCUUCAGUCAUGGUGGGGAGGAGCGGGUAUUGUGUUUUGUAUAUUUUCUUUAUUAGUACGUGUUAAAUAUUAAUUUAAGUUGUGCAGAUUUCAUUUUGGACCACCAAUAAAAUGUAAAUAACU